UGCACAAUCAUCUGUAGUCAGAUAUAUUUUUUGUUGGAUUUUUUUUGGGAGGAAGAUAAAUGGAUGUAAUCCUAGAUUAAAGAUGAAUGAGAUGGAUUCUGCUGAGGUUCCUAGAUGCUCAGGGCAAUAUCAUCAGCCAACAAUAACAAAAAGGAAAAAAAAAAAAACCUCACACAUCUAUAGGAAUAGACAAGGAGCUGCCCAUUCUGAGGGUAGAGAGUCUUUGUGAAAGACUUCAGUGGUGAGCAUCCACGCGCAGGAGCCAAAGGUUGGUUAGCAGGAGGCAUUUAUUGGAGCACAUGCCAAAUUUUCCAUCUUCCCGCAAAUCAUUACCAAUGUCUGAGUGGUGUUUGGAAUUGUAGAGAAAGAUCCAGGUUCACAUUCCAAAUGAUCAGGGAGGGGAGAAUAUGAACAGAAAACUUGUUCUCUCUUGUUACUGUUGAGAUUGGAGAAAGCCUCUCACUGUUUAGCCACUAAUUCCAACUGAUUGACAGCUUAUGUUGUAAAGAUGGCUUUAGCUUGCUUCAUUUGUGAACUCGAUGAAUAAGUAGCUUGUGUUCUCCUUAAAAACAAUAUCAUUUAAAAACAGUUCAUAUGAAUUUCCCAGUAUCUUAGCAGCUCAAAUUUGUGAUAUGAUAAAUCAGACAAUGUUGUCUGACAAGAAGUUAGUAACAGAAGAGGUAGGAGGAGAGAGUGAGAGCAAGACAGAGACAGAGAGACAGAGAAAGAGAGAGAACCAGACAAGAGAGGAAAUCCUGCCGAAUCCUGCUGGUUCCCAGUGACUCUCCACAGUUCCCCCUUACUUCUUACAGCCUUUUCUCGAUGACCUCCAGCUCAGAGUCAGGGUUUUAGGACCCUGGCGUGUUGGAGCUAGAAGUAACACCAGAAUUUUCUUCAGUUCAGUUAUAACCUCCCAAGUUGUUAAAUACCUUUUAAUGAAAGCUUUUACAGAAGUUUUAUAAAAGUGGAGAUUUCUAAACCCCUGAAAUUUCUUGUGUAAACAUAUCAUAAAUAAUUGAGCAGAUCAAAGCUGAGGAAGCCACUAUAGACAGCAAACCCUCUUUGUGAUAUUGAUGUAUGUCCAAAGUAUGUCUCUGCUCCCUAAUAACUGGAUAUUUUCUAGAAGAUUCCUUUCUCUGUCUCUCUCACUCAUAUCAUCUUCACCAGAUUCUUUUAUAACCUCUAUCAUGUGAUGGGUAUUAAAUUAUUCCAGUUGGCAAUCAAAUAGUAUUCUCCAUGCCCACCUUUGCAACACUGCAAGAAAAAUACCCCUACUUUGGAAAUAGAUUAAAACACACCUUGCUAGUCUCAUGGAAUGAGUUUUAGAAGCUUAUAAUAACUGAAAACCAGUUAUAAAAUAUCUAGGUCAGUGAGUAUGUGACAUAAAUCAAACCCCUGCUAUUCUUUACUGUGGCCACUGGGGGUGAAGGGUGCUGGACAAAUGUUAUUCUUAAGGAUUUAUGAAAAGACACAAAUGGAAAUAGCAAAGAAAUAUAAACAUGUUAUGUUAGAUAUUUGAUUUAAUCGAAAGCAUAGGGCAUGCAAACUUGCUUUAAGAAAUAUGUGCCACAUUUUCAUCUUCCCUCAAUCAAUCAAUGACGAUUCUACUCUAGAUUUCAACAUGGUUCCUGGAAAAGUGCCAGCAUGGGAGGGGCCACGCUGAUAUAUUUUCAUUCCUGACAGGGUGUGGAUUGAAACUUCCUUGGACAGGGCACUGAAGCAAACCUGAAGGCAAGAAGAUUGUAACCAGUUUUACAAUGGACUCUCUUAUUGCAGCAAAUAGCAAAUUUUGCUUUGAUUUUUUCCAAGAGAUUAGCAAAAGGGACAUUCAUAAAAAUGUCUUUGUCUGCCCCCUGAGUCUCUCAGCUGCCUGUGCUAUGAUUCGCCUGGGAGCUAGAGGUGACAGUGCAGAACAGAUCGAUGAGGUAUUACAUUUCAAUGAAGUUUCCAAGGACAAAAGCAAAGAACCCAAUGACCCCCAGUCAAAAAGUGAAAAAGAAGGGUCUGGUGGCUCUCUGAAAGGGCAGAAGGAAACGCCAGGGUCUCAAGAUCAGCAGGAUGAAGCUACAAAUGAGAAUGAAGUGCUCAGCUACCACUUUGGGAAUCUUCUGUCUAAAUUAGAUAGAGAUAAAUCUUAUUACACUCUAACUAUGGCCAACAGACUCUAUGGAGAGCAGGAAUUCCCAAUCUGCCCGGAAUACUCAGAUGAUGUAAUUCAAUUUUACCACACGACGGUUGAAAGUGUAGAUUUUCGGAAGGAUACUGAGAAGUCGAGACAAGAGAUUAACUUCUGGGUUGAGAGUCAGUGCCAAGGUAAAAUCAAGGAACUCUUCGCCAAGGAAGCUAUUGAUAAUUCGACUGUGCUGGUGCUCGUGAAUGCUGUUUACUUCAAAGCCAAGUGGGAGAAACAUUUUGACUGUGAAAACACAGUUGAUGAACCUUUCUUUCUAAGUGAGAAUGAGAAGAAGACUGUAAAGAUGAUGAAUCAGAAGGGUCGGUUUCAAAUUGGCUUUAUAGAGGAGCUACAAGCUCAGAUCCUGGAAAUGAAGUACACCGUGGAGAAACUCAGCAUGCUGGUCCUGCUUCCAUCUUGCUCAGAGGACAAUGUGAAGAGCCUGCAAGAGCUUGAAAAGAAAAUAAGCCAUGAAAAACUAAUGGCCUGGAGCAGCUCAGAAAAUAUGUCAGAAGAACCCGUAGCCAUUUCCUUCCCCCAGUUCAUUAUGGAAGACAAUUAUGAUCUCAAAUCGGUUCUACAAGACAUGGGCAUUAAGGAUGUCUUUGAUGAGACAAAGGCUGACCUUACUGGAAUCUCUAAGAGCCCCAAUCUGCAUUUGUCCAAAAUCGUCCACAGGAGCUUCGUGGAGGUGGAUGAGAUGGGCACGCAGGCAGUGGCAGCCAGUGGCGUUGUCGGUGCCGAGAAGGCCCUUCCAUCUUGGGUGGAGUUUAAGGCCAACCACCCUUUUCUCUUUUUCAUCCGACACAACCCAACCCAAGUCAUUCUUUUCUGUGGUAGAGUCUACUCUCCUUGAACGUCCUCUGGCUCUUGGGUGCUUGUGGUGAAUGGCAUCAUGGUUGCCCCCCCGUGUAACCACAGUCACUUGUGUUUUUGCUGACUGUCUGAAGCUGACCACCUGCGGACUGUUGCACACACAAUCCCUCAAGCCUCUCUUGAGAUUUGUUCUGAUACCCUCUGUCGCCAUCUGUUAAUGACGUAGCCUUGCUGUCUCCUUAAUCUUUAUCUCCCUAACCUUUUCAGCAUAUAAAUUCACCUUCUAUGAUUUGGAGGUCAACACCAUGUGGACUUGUAUUGAUUUUCUCUAAGUUGCCUCCCUUCCUCCUUAUAAAGGAAAAAAAGUAUAAGUUAGUCAUUGGACCAUUCUGAGAGAUUGAAAACUCAGAAUGUGAUUAAAUGUGUUUGGGAAACUUGAUUCUAUUUCUAGGACACUUAUAAUCAGGGGAACCCCCUAGGCAAGACUCUUAGCCCCCUUUUCAUAUGUGCUGUAAUGCAUGGAGGUGUCCUGUGAUGUCUUUUUACUCCAGAGAAGAUAUGAUCUGGAGGCCUAAUUGAUGGAUCAAGGAUGUGUGCAUCUCUUAGCCAAGACCCAUUUUGCACAGGAGAAUGACAUUUCUAUGAUGUGUUUGACCCUGACAAAGAAGGUGGCAAGUCUGUUCUAAUGGUUUGGUCUCUCUCAGUUUUCCAUAUUGAAUUCUUCUGUAAUUGUACCUUUUAGGCAUCAUUAUUAUGAACUCCCCUCUGUCUCUUUGCUCUCUCUCAGAGAAUACAUAACUAUACCUAAAACUAGGGUGCUGAAGCUGGACAAGAAACUGGACAUUACUGUGGCUGGCUGGGAGGCCCUUUCCUCUGUUUAUUAUUUUAGAUAAAAUGAACUUAUUUAACUUUCCAGAGGCCUAAAGCUGGUCAUACAAUAAGAACAGUUCUUGGCUGGACACAGUGUAUAUGAAAAUCCUUUUCAGGAUAGCUAUUGUUUUCCUGUCAAGCUCCAGGCUACUAAAAGAUGGAUGAAUGCAUGUUCUCAUGCCCCCAGCUUUGCAUUUGAAACAACAAUCAUAAUUCAUGGCCUCUGCUUUACCAGGAUGCUCUGGAUUGGCCACUGACACUUCCAACAUGGGGAGUCAGUCAGGCUCUUUCCUAACCAGUAUACUUCUUGUAUGCGUCUUGGUCUUGGUCCAGCUUUCCUGCCCUACAUAGUGUUCCUCCUUCUAGCUGCCAUUGCACAGAGGACUGGUGGCUGCAGCAGGUUUCACAGGAAGCUCAUCUACUCUGCCUGAUCUGAUGUUGACCUCCCUUCCUAGAGACUUCUUCUUGUUGUGAGAGACAAUCCCUGCAUUUUUCAUGCAGCCUCUUCAUCUUUGAAGCUUUUUAUUUUUUAAUGGAGAAAAACAAUUGGGAAUGCUAGGCACUUUGAGGAAGGAAAAAGUUCCCUCCUUUAAAGGAUUUUUAAUUUUAUUUUAUGUGUAUGGGUAUUUUGUUAAGAGGCAGAAAGAACCCUCAGAUAAGCUGGCUGUGUAACUGCUAGGAAACCAAGCAGAUGACAGUUAGGAACAAUACUCUUUUCUGCUUUUGAGUACAUAGCUCCCUCCAUCCAGCAAUGGAGGAAAAGGUACAGUAAUGCACUCUUUUUUUCUGAUAAUACAGUGUUGGGUAAGAGAACUCUGGAUACAGGGGCUCCAAAAAGCUCUCUAGUGCUUCUUCGGACUUAGUGAUAAUAUUACUUAUUAUUAUUCUGAUCUCUCUCCUCUUUGUGUCUACUAUUUUGUCUAACACACCCUUUCCUCAUCAAACACCUAUCCAAGGUUUCCUCUCGAGCUGGGGCAAACUGGAACUUGUUGCUUGACAUAAUUGCUGUUUACUUCUUUUGCGUGUGUGGUGCUUUAGAAACCACUCUAUCAUUAGCUCAAGGCUGUUUCAUCCUGGCCAGCAGAGUGGGAUGCUCUGGAGUAGUUUCAGAGGAUUUCUUAGAUCUGCAUUUGAGUGGCAGUCCAAAAUAUAACAGAGCUCAUAAAGAUAAGCCGUGCCAAGAUAUUAAACUUCUGGAGAAAUAAAAAUGAAAUAUAAGACUUGAGUACGUCAAGAAGCAAAAAUAACACACUGGAAAAUAUACUCAGUGAAAUAUGACAAAUAAAAGUCUUUCUCUUAGAACUUACAGGAGAUAGUGGAAGUUAUAGAUAUAAAAAGAUAAGGGUUGGGGAGACAGCACCAUGAAGAAAGCACUUGUCAUGCAAAUGUGAAGACCCCCCAUACGGCAUGGACAUACGGCAGGAACAUCUAGAGCUCUGUGCUUCUACUGUGAAAUGGGAAAUUGAGGGGAAACAACAAAAGACCCAGUCUGAAAACAAGGAGGAAGGAGAGGACACACACACACACACACACACACACACACACACACAGAGAGAGAGAGAGAGAGAGAGAGACAGAGAGACACACAGAGACAGAGACACACACAAAGACAGAUAGAGACAGAGAGACAGCAGGAGACAGUGAGACAGAGAGAGACAAAGACAGACAGAGGCACAGAGAAACACAGAGACAGACAUCCAGAAAGACAAAGACAGACAAAAAGAUGGAGAAAGAUACAGAGAAACAGAUAGACAGAAACCAGGAAGUAAACCCAAAUAUUAUGAUGUUCCUGAAAAACAGAUAUGCCAAUAAACUUUACAAACAAAAGUUUCAGAAAGAUAUCAGGAUGACCAAAUAUUUUAUAUAUAAAGGUUAAAAAUCGUGUGGGCCUAAACAUAUUUUUACAUAUUCUUUGAGAAUUCAGUACAUGUAUAAAAUAAAUUUUAAUCAUACCCAUCCCACUUCCCCCCUCCAAUUUAUUUUUGACUUUAUCUACAUUAUAAAGCAUUUAAUUUUUUUGUUGGAUUUUGGAGAACAAUAAAAUCUAGUCUAUAGUUUUGAAGGGGAAAUACAUGCUCAACCCUUUUCACAGCCAAAGUCACAGUUGACCUUUGUGUACAAGCCAGUAGAAGAUAAUUCUAUAUAUUUCUCUGUGUGUAAGUAUGGUUAUGUUCAAUCCCAACACCCGACACCAUGCUGUAAACAUCAC